AUGAUGACGUAUGUGCUCAUAGUGUUGCUGACAACAGUAGUCCGAUACAGCUUGGGCUGUUUCCCGAUGCUGGACGUCUUCCAGCACAGCACCCGGUGGAUGCAGAUCACAUCGAUGAACUCCCGCCGUAUGGUGGAGGUUGGGGAAGAGACGGAUGAAAUCAUGAUCAUUGAGACGACAGAAACAAUAGGAACAGAAGAGGUCAUCAAGCACAGAGAGCAACUGUUGUGUAUGAUGGAGUAUGGCGAACAUCGGUACCUGGUGAGAAUCGAUGAUGACGAGGAGGGAUCGCGCUACAUGUGCUACCAGUUCACUCCACUAACUGAGUACAUUGUUAGACAAGGAAGGACUGAAGAAAACAUCAACAGGAAAAGGGUCAAUUGUAUAGAUGACCAGUACACCGAAGAUGAACAGGUCCUUAUUGCUUAUUCAGCCAUUCAGCCACAACAGUGCCCAUUGGCUGGCGGAUAUCAACUGAUUAUGCAACAAGGUAUGGCUGUGGACCGGCUGUGCAUAAACAGCAUUAAAACCUACAACCCCUAUAUUCAUUGUCAACCAAUGGCAUUGAAUCCAUACAUGAGAGGGCGCCACUUGACUCAUUUAAGGUGUGUUGGCCAGUGGGAAGAUAAUGACUUCCAUUCUGUUCUACUGCAGACGCGAGAUAAUCCGCACCAUUUCUGGUGUCUGCACUACAAGGUUGUGAGCUGGGGAAAGUCUGGUGGCAAAAAUAAUGACCAAGAAGAACUGGUGAAAGUGUUUCUUACAAUAGAUGGUCGGUGUUCUAGUCAAACAUUUGGAAAUGAGGAUGUGCCUAGGAAUACUAGCAUGUUUGGGCACUUAGCUUUGUAUAAACCAAUCAAUGACAUCAAAUGCACUGAAACUGUUUAUGUAGAAAGCUGUAAGUUGGAUGAAGAUAAAUGUCUAGAGUCUAUUGAAUGCCCAAAGUCCUGUGGAAGAUGCCUUAAUCAGGUAGAAAGCUACAACUGCACAUUCCCUGCAGAAACUUUUGGAUCAUGGAAAGUGUUUAAUUCUGAUCGCAAUCUGGAAAUGACGAUUGACAAGGACCGAAUUGAAAGCUCCAGUUUUGGAGAACUGAUGUGCCUGGGAGUGCCUGAACCACGUCGCCAAGGUUACCUGUACACUGUUGUUCAGAUCAAUGCCGCACCAACAUGCAAUUAUUAUUACUCCUGUGCUGAAAUGUUCAACCCAAACCCAGGUGUGCUGACCUUUCAGUUGCGUCCUGCGUUCCGUAAUUCAAACACAGGUGAACUUGUAUCGUGCAAGGAAAGCUACCAAGACAGUCCUGUACAUGUCAGGCCUCCAGAACCUGAAGCAGGUUUCACUUUAAUUAAUCAACAAAGACUCCAAAGAACUUCAUGCAACUUUCUCCAGAGUUCCAAAUACCGGACCAAAAUCCCCGGUUGCAGUAUUGUAGUCCAUGAAUGUUCUGGUCCUUGCCAGAUUUUUAAUGUAACCUUUGACAUUCCAUCCUGCGACAAUGAGACUCAACAAAUAUACAACAUUGAGAACCAACAUAUUUGCCACGCUAAAGUUGACUUCUAUGAUGGUGUUUACGGAAUUGUAACUAAGGGAGUCACCUCGGGUAAGUUCCUGUGUUGGGUGUUUGGCAACAGCCAGUUGUUUGUGCCAACUGCUGAAGAUUGCAACCUCGAUUCCAUGGACAGGAUAUACUCAGAUGCUUCAGCCGAUACCCGUUAUGACCUGCUGAAGGCCAUAUCGCUAAACCCACCACAAGAUAAUUCAGCUGAAGCAGUCAUCUUGCCAGUUCCAUCUGCAUUAAUGUUCUCUUUAUUGGUUACUUACAUGUUAGAAGUAGCUUUUGUUGCUUGUUACUACAGAUAA